AUGGAAGUAAUGAAGCCUUUAAUUGGAGAACAGAAUUCGGACAGCAUCUCUGAUGAUGAGCACGAAAAUGAAUUGUUACCAGUUGAGAAGCAUUACCAACUUGAUAAUCAAGAGGGCAUUACGUUUGUACAAACACUUACUCAUCUCCUCAAAGGAAACAUUGGAACUGGGCUUCUAGGGCUUCCACUUGCGAUAAAAAAUGCAGGCAUUGUGCUUGGACCAAUCAGCCUUGUGCUUAUAGGAGUUGUAUCUGUUCAUUGUAUGCACAUCUUGGUACGAUGCAGCCACCAUCUGUGUCAGAGGUUGAAAAAGACCUCAUUAGGGUAUAGUGACACAGUUAGUUAUGCCAUGGAAGUAGGGCCCCUAAACAGCCUUCAGAAAAGAGCUUCCUGGGGAAGGUGUGUCGUUGACUUUUUUCUUGUGAUUACACAACUGGGAUUUUGCAGCGUUUAUGUUGUGUUCUUAGCAGAAAAUGUGAAACAAGUCCAUGAAGGAUUUUUGGAGAACAGGAUUGUACACAUGAAUGACACUAGUACCAGUGGUCCCUCUGAGAAAAGGAGUGUUGAUUUGCGAAUAUACAUGCUGUGUUUUGUGCCAUUUAUUAUCCUUCUGGUCUUCAUUCGUGACCUUAAGAGCCUGUCUAUGCUUUCGUUCCUUGCCAAUAUUUCCAUGGCUGUCAGCCUGGUAAUUAUUUACCAGUACAUCGUUCGAGAUAUAUCUGAUCCUCGAAAACUUCCCCCUGUGGCUGGUUGGAAGAAAUAUCCACUUUUUUUUGGUACUGCCAUAUUUGCUUUUGAAGGCAUCGGUGUGGUGCUCCCCCUGGAAAAUAGAAUGAAAGAAACCCAACGUUUCACACAGGCACUGAACAUUGGCAUGGGAAUUGUUAUGACCUUGUAUAUCACUCUAGCCACUCUAGGAUACCUGCGUUUUGGGGAUGAAAUCAAAGGCAGCAUCACUUUAAAUCUGCCACAAGAAGUAUGGUUGUAUCAAUCCGUGAAAAUUCUGUAUUCCUUUGGGAUUUUUGUGACCUAUUCAAUUCAGUACUACGUUCCAGCAGAGAUCAUCAUUCCAGCAAUUACCUCAAAAGUGCAGCAAAAAUGGAAGCUGUUCUGUGAAUUUAUGGUCAGGACACUCUUGGUCUGCUCAACCUGUGCUGUAGCAGUCUUGAUCCCUCACCUAGACCUGGUGAUUUCCUUUGUUGGUGCCGUAAGCAGCAGCACUUUGGCAUUGAUCCUGCCACCUUUGGUUGAAAUCCUCACAUUUUACAAGGAAAACUUAAGUGUGUGGAUGAUACUUAAAGACAUCUUUAUAGCUGUCAUUGGAGUCGUUGGCUUUUUAACAGGGACAUAUGUGACAGUUGAAGAGAUCAUUUAUCCUGCUGCGACAGUCUUCGUUAACACUACAGAGAGCCCCUUUGAAGAUUUGAACACUACGCACUUGGUGACUGGUUUCAAUUAA